AUGAACACUCUCGUCCAGAAGCUCUGCAUGGCCGGCGUCCUGGUCGUGGCUGCUAUCUUCGCAUUCGGACCCCUCGACGACCGAUCGCGUCCCGGGGGGUACGUAUUCACAUUCUAUAGUCUACCCCGUUGCCCCUACUGCGUGAGGGCCAAACCCGAGUGGAACGAGCUCAAGGCCUCGUUCGGGUCGGGCGUGACCUUCCGGGAGGUCGACGCCAGCGCAGACCGGUCGGAGUCGGACCGCCUGGGGAUCAAGGCCUUCCCCACGUUCGUCCUGACUGCACCGGACGGCACCAGGGCCCUCACGUACUUCCUGUUCAUGUUCGUCAUUCCCACCCCACCCAACGCCGCCACCGUCCACUUGUCAUACAUCCACGCUAGGUAUCUGCUCGUGGCGGAGCGGAGCAUGUUCGCGGCACCGGCCCUGAAGUGUCGCCAGCAUACGGGGCAUAUGCGUCCGCAACCAUCCAUGAAUCGCAAGCCGGACGUGCGCUUGAACACGAAGAACAUGGGAAAAUGA